UGCCAGAAUUAAGUAGACGCGAAAUUCGUAAUUGCCUGAAUGUUAAAGUGGCGGAGUUUUUAAUAAGAAAACUAAAAUAAUGAGUAAUAAGUGUGAAGUUGUUGGAAUUAAAACAAAGAUAAGUGUAUAGAAUUACAUUGGUAACAAUCUGCUGUAUAAGUGCUGCCGAAUUGUGAGGCAGACACAGUUCGUAAUAGAGUGCUGCAUAGUAAAGUGAUACACUUGAACUCCUUUUUGCUUGAUUAACUGGGACAAUCAAUUAUUCCUGCUUUUCACUAGGUCAUAUUUGACGUCAAAUGUUGACAAACUAAUGAAAACGGGUUGUCAUAUGGUGACAUUUACGUUUGCCGGCAUAUUUGCCAACGCACGGUCAUAUAAAAUGACAGACAAAUGAAAACAAUCAAACUUCGAUAAUUCAAUUUGCCAACAUGUUGGCAAUUUGUUUUCGUUUGGAGUGCGGACAGCUGAUAAUUACAAAAGAGAGAAAAAGAAAAACAUGUUAACGAUUUAAGUUUCAAAUAUGGAUAAAGAAAUCGAUUUUGAGUCUCCACAGCCAAGCACCAGCGGAGCAAGAAAAACAGUGCGCAAAAUAAAGGAAAGGUGGACAGGGGAGGAAACGAAGCGGCUCAUCAACGACGUUGAGUCAAGAGAAGGGACGUGGAAUUUCUUUUCCCCUGACUAUAGGGAUCGUAACCUUCGAGAGACUCAAUGGCAUGAGGUGGCUUAAAAAAUUACAGGUGCCGCGGUCGGAAGUGGCAGCUAAAUGGAACAGCCUUCGCUACUCUAUUCGCGCGGUUUUGAAACGGAAAGCUUUUUCAAAAAGUGGACAAGCUGCAGGAACCGCGACCACGAUGAGCCCGCUCUAUAACUCAUUAAACUUCCUUGAGCGCACUUUGCGUGUUGAAGCGAGCACCACAUCAAAUUUAAUAAAUAACAGCCCGUCGACCCUCAUCCCUUCACCACUAUUGUUGGAGUCAGAUGAUUUAUCUGGCGAAAUACAAGGAACACCAUCCACAUCACGAGACGGUUUUGGGAGACGUCGAAACCAAGAAGACGAUGAGGCAUAUAUUGAAGUGGUAGAAGGAGCGCUGGAGAUCCUAAAAUCAGCUACGCAGAAUGACGCUUGGGAUGGUUUAGAAAAUUUUGUGGCAUCCAAUGCCCGAGAGUGGGCCCAAGAAUUACCACAAGGGGCCAAAGAUUUCAAGCGUGAGUUGAUAUUCAAGUAUCAACAGAAAGUAGCAAGCUAACCAUAAUGGCUUCCGAAAAAAAAUGAAUAUUAUAUAUCAUACAUCAUAGCUAGUCUUUUGUACCUUCAUAUUUACUUUUUUUGAUACUUUUU